CCUUUUGCCUCGCUCCGUAUUUCCUCCUCCUUUUUUCUGUACCAAAUAUAAUUAUUAAGAAACCGUUUUAGUUUUACCGCCGGAAAGAGAAAGGUUUCGAUAAUUUUAUAGAGAGUUACGAUUUAGGAAAAUCCUGGGAGAGGAGAAAGAUGGUAUCGUCACCGGUCGUGAACACGUAUCCACUGUCCAGCUACACCUUCGGCACCAAAGAGCCGAAGAUGGAGAAGGACACGUCCGUUGCCGAUCGCCUUGCUCGCAUGAAAGUCAAUUAUAUGAAAGAGGGCAUGAGAACAAGUGUUGAAGCGAUUUUACUGGUCCAAGAACAUAAUCAUCCUCACAUUCUUCUUCUGCAAAUUGGGAACACAUUCUGCAAACUUCCUGGUGGACGCCUGAAGCCUGGAGAAAAUGAGAUCGAGGGUCUGAAGAGGAAGCUGACCAGCAAGCUUGGAGCUAAUUCACCUGCUCUUGUGCCAGAUUGGCAGAUUGGUGAGUCUGUGGCCAUCUGGUGGAGGCCCAAUUUUGAGACAAUGAUGUAUCCAUAUUGCCCUCCCCACAUUACAAAACCCAAGGAGUGCAAGAAGCUUUUCCUCGUCCACUUGUCUGAGAAAGAGUAUUUUGCAGUACCGAAGAAUCUGAAACUUCUUGCUGUACCAUUGUUUGAGCUCUACGAUAAUGUGCAGAGAUAUGGGCCAGUCAUAUCAACCAUUCCUCAGCAGCUUUCUAGAUUCCAGUUCAACAUGAUCAGUAUAUGACUUUGGCAUGGGAUGCCAAGAUUGUGAAUCUUUCUGCUCGCUUUCUGACAGCUACAUCAUGAGAGUGUCGCUUUGGUUCCAAGAGCUGUUGCCUGUACGCAACGGUAUAUAAUGAGAGACUUGUGUUAUUUACGUUUCCUAAUUUGAUUGACCGAAAAUUUGAUGUAUGGCAAACUCUAGUACUUUAAUUUGGUUACGAACCAUUUGGCAUUACUAGUCACAGCCUAUCAUGUCUGGGUCCGUAACCACAUUAGUCUCCCUACUUGGAUGGUUUAAAUUAACGGUUUUAUACGCUAUCAGAACGGUUAAGAUGCCAUUGUUUUGAGGUUUAAUGUCAUGUAUCUUGGUCA